AUGGCAAGUACUCAAAGAUCUGAGCUGAAGAAUGUUGCAGACGAGCUUUCCUCCGUAGUUGUUCCAGACAAAUUGGAGGGCUCGGUCGAAGCAUCUGCGGUACUUGUUGAUGAACCGGCAGAAGAGGUCAGGGUGUCGGCCGCUGUUCCUGUAGUGGAUGAGGGUGAGGUCGUGGAGCUUUCUGGAUUGGUGGCAGCGAAUGUACUUCCCAACAGCGUAGACGAAACACUUGUGCUGGAAGUCUCGCUUUCUGUAGAGCUCUCAGCAGUUCCAACCUCGCUCGACAACGAAGAGGUUGUGGAACUUUCGGCUGCUGUGAUGCUGCUUGCAGUGGAAGACGAUUCUAACGAUGCGACGGUCUCAGAACUACUUGAGGAAGCAGUGCUCUCCAAAGCUGCUGCAGACGUCGAUGUUGAACUUGGCUCCACGGUGGAAGCCAAAGACGACGAAGUAGGCAGCAAAUAG